UAGUAUUUCUAUGCUGAAAAGGAAAGAGCAACGCUGGAACUUGGAAUAUUUAAAAAUAUUUACAAUACGUAGCUAAUACAAAGCUUGACAUCUCAGCAUCAUUUUGGACAUGCGCAACUACAAACAUGAGUAUUCAUUCAUGUUUAAAUACUCCGAUUACGGCAGUAGAUUUAUUGGAAUGCCCUACGACAGGGACUUUGAGAUAAUGUGGCAGCAGAUCGGUGAGGAGCUUCGUUCCAAACAUAACCGAUUUGUGGGCAUGCCCUUCGAUAGCGGAUUUGAACUGAUGUGGCGCCAAAUUAGAGAUGAUUUGAAGCGGGAUCAGGAGGUAAACGACUUUGCACUCGCCUUCCAGCGAGACUUAACCCUCUACGUUGAGGAGGAAGGGGAUGUCGGACCACUUGAGUCUUUUAUUGAACGCAGAUAAAAUAUAUUCAAUUUUAUUGAAAGGCAUGUUAUUGUUAAAAGUACGUAUGUAUGUCUAUUAAGUAUGCAUUGUAAAGAUUACGAUCGGUUUGGUUAAAAUAAUUUAUUGUUUUCGGAAUUGGUUUCAAAGUCGAAUGCGUCAAGCGGUUACUUGAAUUCGAUUGGAAAAAAGGUAAUAAAAAAGACUUAACAUAGUU